AUGCAGGCUGCGAGUGCGCGGAGGAAACAACUCCUGCCAGUAACCAUCAACCGAGACUGUGUUCAUCGAGCAAAGGCUGGUUCUCAUGGCGAUGACGCAGUUCUUGCUGCAGGCUUGGCAGCCAAGUAUCUCGACCCCGAUCCUGACAGGCAUCUAUUCGCCAUGGACCCGUCCACUCUGAUCCUGGAUGUUCAGGAGAAGGAGGUGGCUGCGCCCAAGGUGCCCAGCUUCCCACAGAUGAAGACAUCCCAGUCCGGCUUCCCCGAGCACAAGAAGCGAACCCGGAUAUCAGCAUUCAAGCAGAAGCGACAGGGGCCUGCACCGCCCGAAUCAGCGACCAAAGUCUUCACGACAUCCACACACGAGCCUCUGCAAGUGAGCAACGACGAUGCGACAACCACAACCGAGACCGACAGUUUCGAGACCCGCGAGCAGAGGCGGAUAGAUCGUGAGAACAACGAGAAGCUCGCCUCCAUGUCGCCGGCGGAGAUCGAGGCUGCGCGGCAGGAGCUGUUUGGUGGACUCGACCCCAAAACCCUCGAGAUGCUCUUGCGGAGGGCCAAUAUUGACGAUCCAAAUGGCCCAUCGCCAUUUGAUGCACCGGGAGCAAAAGAGAGCGCCUCAGCAGUAGAGGCGCCACCACAAAUAAAAGUCGAAGACACAUCGAAGCCGUCAGACCCGAAAAAGGUCAGAUUCCAGUCCACAGUGGAAGAGGACGACGCAGAACGACAAGCGCAACCACACAAGCACGCCCCCGAACAACCAAAACGAGACCCAGUCUCAGAAUCGCAUGAUAACGUUGACCACGACAAUGACGAUACCGAUGAUGUGCCCGUACCCAGCGCGCCUCCUGCCGAUCAGAUCAUCACACCCUCAAACGACCCGCAAGACCAAGAACAACCCGAACCAAAGCCACACUGGCCCCAACCUCCGCAGCCAGCCGACCUCGAUCCCAACGACCCAGACUUCCUCGAGUCCCUGCACAAGAAAUACUUCCCCUCGCUGCCCGCCGACCCGUCAAAGCUAGCCUGGAUGGCGCCCAUCCCGACCCCGAACUCGCCCGCCGACUACGACUCCCCUUACCACCCAGACCAGUCCAGCUACCCGAUCGCCUCGCUCCGCUUCGACUUCCGCGGCACCCUGCUCCCGCCCCGCAUCUCCCGCGCGGUCCCGGUGUCCAAGGGCCUGCACCACCACGGCGAGGCCCCCGAGGCGGCAGGCUACACGGUCGCCGAGCUCGCCCGCCUCACCCGCAGCGCGGUGCCCGGCCAGCGCUGCAUCGCCUACCAGACCCUCGGGCGCAUACUGUUCCGCCUCGGCAGGGGCGAGUUUGGCGGCGGGCCGAGCGAGGACGUGCCCAUGGGGAUCUGGCGCCAGAUGGAGGAGGGCGCGGUGAUGCGGAGCAUCUACGAGGAGGCCGGGACCGAGGAAGGCAGGGGUCAUCGCAGCGCGAGGGCGUUCGCGAUCGAGGCUGUAUGGCUGUUCGACAAGGGCGGGUGGAAGGAAAAGCUCAAGAAGGGCAAGUGA